AUGCUUAAGUCAAUCACUGCCGUUGCUGCCUGCGCAGCUACCUUCGUGGACGCCGCGGCUUUGCUGCCUCGUGCCAACUCCACUAAGAAGCUUGUUACCUCCGAAGCCUUGAGGCAUCUGCUUGAUAUUGACAACCUUUAUGCCAAGGCCGAGCACUUGCAGGAGAUUGCCUACAGUACUGAAGGCAAGAACCGUGUUAUUGGCAGCAAGGGACACGAUGACACAGUUGCCUGGAUCAAGGAAACUAUCGGACAGUUUCCUGAUUACUACACCAUCCAGCUUCAGGGCGUCCCGCUCCUGGUUGGUGUGUCUGCGAACCUUACUGCCAACAACAAGACCAUUGAAGUUUACCCGGUCACCCUUGCGCCGGAAGGUGAUGUUUCAGGCCCGCUCGUUGCCAUUCCCAAUUUGGGCUGCGAAGAGGCGGACUUCACUGAGAGCUUAGAGGGCAAGAUUGCACUCAUCAACCGCGGUACCUGCUCAUUCGGUAUCAAGGUUCAGCUUGCAGCUGCAAAGGGCGCACUUGGUGUGGUCGCCUGGAACAACGGCGAAGGCACUCUCGAGGGUUACUCGCUGCAGGUGUUUGAGGAUCCUGCUAAGCCCUACGUGCCUGUUGGUGGUAUCACUCUCGGCCAGGGCGAGUCCCUCCUCGCUCAGCUCCAAGCUGGCGUUGACAUCAACGUCAACCUCAAGACCAUUGUGCAGAAUGCCACUAGCUACAAUGUCAUUGCAGAGACAAUUGCUGGUGAUCAUGACAACGUCAUUCACGUCGGUGGACAUUCGGAUUCAGUUACCGCGGGCCCAGGAAUUAACGACAAUGGCUCUGGCUCUAUCUCCCUUCUUGAGAUCGCCAUCCAGCUGACAAAGUUCUCCAUAAACAACGCCGUUCGUUUUUCUUGGUGGACCGGUGAAGAGGCUGGUCUGCUCGGUGCUGAGUACUACGUCAAGCAGCUGUCGCAAGCUGAGAAGGACAAAAUCCGUCUGUUCCUUGACUUUGACAUGAUGGCAUCACCCAACUACGCCAUUCAGAUCUACGAUGGCGAUGGUUCGGCAUUCAACUCCACUGGCCCCGCUGGCUCUGCGGAAGCCGAGCACGAGUUCGCAGCAUACUUCGACAACCUUGGUCUCAACCAUACCGAGAUCGAGUUCGAUGGCCGUUCUGACUACGGUCCUUUCCUUGAGGCUGGUAUUGCGGCCGGGGGUAUUGCAGGUGGAGCUGAGGGCAUCAAGACCCAAGAAGAGUUUGAGAUGUUUGGUGGUGGCGCUGGUGUUCCCUACGAUGUCAACUACCACGAGGACGGUGACACAGUCAACAACCUAAACCUUGAGGCUUGGAUCGAGUUUGCCAGAGCUAUUGCGCACAUGACCGCUACGUAUGCCCGCAGCUGGGAUACCAUCCCGCCAAGGAACGCCACUGCGUCGGUUAAGAGGUCUGAGAAGUACAAUGAGUACAAGCAGGCUUUCCAGAAGACCAAGAGGUACCAGAGGUGGGUCUAA